CACACUACCUCGUGUCCACCCCCUUUCAGAGCUUAGCUUCUCUUCCCAAACAUUCUCCUUUUAACUGAUGUGAGUUCUCACAAAAUCACUUUACUGAAUUGCUGAGCUAACAGUUUGCGGUUAAGAAUUAGACUCUUAAUGUACAAAAUCAAAUAAAAAGACUAAAGAAUCAGAUCCUUUGAAGUUCAAACAUUACCUAUGUUUAGGAUUUAGACGGUUCAAUCGGACAACCAAAAUUCUAGCAACAGCCUAUUCUACAAUGUAAACUAGGUUGCCAGAUUAGGAACCACAGUUCCCUUUCUUAGAGUAAAAGCAAUCUCUUGCUAGUUCCACAAUCGCUCUCUCUAAGAAAGGAACCUCUUGCGAUGAACACAGAUUCCAACUUUGGCUGGACGUCAUUCUUUAGGGAGUGAAAGAGAAGCUCCCCCCCCCCCCACCCCUCUUUUUCCCUCUCUUUCUUCUACAGAUAAAUAUCAUCAACAGGAUAAACAGAAGAAAAUGGCACAUAAAGAGUGCAGAUUUGGUGUCUUCUCUGUGUCAUUGUAAAAAAUGUAUAGGCACAGUUUUAGGGUCUGCUUCUGUUUCAGGAGAAGAUUCAGGACAAAUGUAGCAGAAGCACCAGAAGAUGUGAAGAGGGUGUUUGAUCAAUACUCAGAAAAUGGCACAAUGAACAUUGAUCAAUUGCAGAUGUUUUUGGAAGAGGUUCAAGGAGAAGAAUCUAAGAUAAAAGCUCAUGCCAUCUUCGACAAUCUCAAGCAUCUCAAUAUCUUCCAGAGAAGAGGCCUUCGUCUCGAAGAUUUCUUCCGAUAUCUUCUCGGGGACCUUAAUCUUGCUUUCUCGCCCUCGCAAGGGGUUUAUCAGGACAUGAGAGCCCCAUUGUCUCACUACUACAUAUUUACAGGCCACAACUCCUACCUAACAGGAAAUCAACUGAGUAGUGCUAGCAGUGUGACUCCUAUCAUAAGGGCUCUGAAAAGAGGAGUAAGAGCAAUUGAGUUGGAUUUGUGGCCUAGUUCCAAGAACAAUGGCAUUAACGUUCUUCAUGGAGGGACACUCACAGCUCCUGUGAAACUCAUCAAAUGCCUGCGGGCAAUUAAAGAUCAUGCUUUUACUGCUUCUGAAUAUCCUGUAGUGAUAACUUUUGAGGACCAUCUCACCCAUGAUCUUCGAAAAGAAGUGGCCAAGAUGGUUACUACAACAUUUGGGGAUAUCCUCUACGUUCCUAAAUCUGAAGACUUGAAUGAAUUCCCAUCGCCAGAGUCGCUGAAGGGCAGGAUUCUUAUUUCAACCAAACCACCAGAGCACACUAAAGUUGAGAGCACCAAGGAAAAACCAUCAGCAGAUAAGCAAAGAGACACAGCAGAUGAUGACAUUUGGGAGAGUGCAAUGUCACGAGAAGAUACGAAUGAGGAUUAUCUGGAAGAGGAUGAUAAAGAUGAAGAGAUUGUUAUUCCAGAAUAUAGGAGUUUGAUUGCCAUUCACGCAAAGAAGAUGAAACGUGGAUCAAAUCUCCAGACCUUCUUUAAUGAUAUAGAAAAAGUGUCAAGACUUAGUCUGAGUGAGCAAGAACUUGAAAAUGCUACAGGAAACUGUGGACACGAUAUUAUCAGGUUUACUCAGAGGAAUUUGCUGAGAGUGUACCCAAAAGGUUCAAGAUUAGACUCAUCUAAUUACAAUCCUAUGCUUGCCUGGACUCAUGGAGCUCAAAUGGUUGCUUUUAAUAUGCAGCUAAAGGUAUACAUGGGAGAAGGAUGGCAUUUGGAAUUCGGUCUCUCACAUUUCGACUUCUAUUCGCCUCCAGAUUUGUACGUUAAGAUCAGAAUAGUCGGAGUCCGAGAGGAUACAGUGGUGAAAAGAACAAUUCCGAUAGAAGACCAGUGGGUACCUGUUUGGAACGAGGAGUUUAGUUUCUCAAUAAGCGCUCCUGAAUUGGCUUUGCUACAAGUUGUCGUUCUUGAUCACGAUACCUCUGGAAAAGAUGACUUCGCCGGCCAGACAUGUCUGCCGGUGAGAGAGCUCCGAUCAGGAAUCCGAGCAGUGCCAUUAUACAACCGGAAGGGAGAGAUCUACAAGCAUGUGAAGCUCCUAAUGCGCUUCGAAUUUGAAUGAGAGAAAUAUAUACCUCCAAAAAUGGAAUUUAUGUAAAUAAUAAAUAAAUAAAUGGAAUGAAGCCACCUUUCUUCCAUUUGAA